AUGAGUACAGUCACCUGGCUUGACAAGCUCCAGGAGCAAGUUAAGAUCGAUAUUGACUGCAUGGAUCCAGAAGAGGCGAAGAGAUUUCUACCUUUCAAGCCACACGAUCAAACGAGCAAUCAGCGCUUGGUCUAUGAGCAAAUGGUAUCUCCUGAGAACCGCGAAUUAUUCUUAAAAACUGUUAAAAAAGGCAAAGAUGAAAGAUGGGAGGUAAUUCUUGAUCGCAUGAGUGCCCUGCUGUGCGCCAGAAACAUAGAGAACAUCCAGGGACGCGUCUUGCUUCAGACCUCAGCUUUUCACGCAUACGACACUACAAAAGUUGUAGCCCAGGCCCGGUCCUAUGUAUGCGAGUUGGAGAAGCUCGGUAUCUCGAAGGAUCGGAUUUGUAUCAAGAUUCCGUGCACAGGUCCUGCUCUCAACGCUAGCCCGAUUCUACUCAGAGAAGGGAUCCGCACGCUGGGAACUUCUCUAUUUUCUGUUGCUCAAGCCAUUGCUGCCAGUCAGGCACAGACGUUGUCUAUUAGUCCCUACUAUAACUUGCCUUGGUAUCAUACCGACCGAGAGCAGUGGCCCGAUGCUCAAGACCCGGCUCUCGAUCAUCCUAUGUCACCCAGGGUCGUACAAAUCCAGCAGGUCUACAAGCGACUUCGAGAAGAGACUGGUAAGACGCAACCACUACUCAAACCAGCAAGCUUCAUAUCCGCUCGUGAGGCAAUGGCCAUGGCUGAGCUCGGCUGCGAUCAUGCCACUCUUCCUGAAGAUAUUCUCCUCCGACUCUCGCAACUAGAUGCUGAUGCAAACCCGCCACCUGGCAGUGAUUCUGGCAUGAAGACCGGUGCCCCAUCACAACGAAUUGCCCAUCUAGCACAAACUGAUCCCCUUGCCGGUUCAAACUGGUCUGGGCUUCCAGCACUUGAUAUCGACUAUCUGGCAGAUAACGGGGCCGCACUAACCGAAGCCAUCGCUGCCGACACCGUUGCCCAGAGGGGGCUUGACCAAGCUCUGGAGGCAUUUAAGGCAAACGAGCUGCAGAGUCGAGAUGCAAUCGAAGAAGUCUUAAAGCAGUUCUGA